GCCACACCUGUCACUGCCUGUCCUUGUGAGGGAGGGGGGGGGCCAUCAGCCCCUCCUCAGCUGCCCAGCAGAACAAGCAGUUAGUGGGGAGGGGAGGGAACAUGGAGCGGGGGCCGGUGGUGGGGGCAGGGCUGGGGGCUGGGGCCCGAAUCCGGGCACUGCUGGGCUGCCUGGUCAAGGUGCUGCUCUGGGUGGCCUCUGCCUUGCUGUACUUUGGAAGUGAACAGGCUGCUCGCCUCCUGGGCAGCCCCUGCUUACGGCGCCUCUACCAUGCAUGGUUGGCAGCAGUGGUCAUCUUUGGGCCCCUUCUGCAGUUCCAUGUCAACCCUCGGACUAUCUUCGCCAGCCACGGCAACUUCUUCAAUAUAAAGUUUGUGAAUUCGGCAUGGGGCUGGACAUGCACCUUUCUGGGGGGCUUCGUGCUGCUGGUGGUGUUCCUUGCUACACGGCGGGUGGCAGUGACUGCCCGGCACCUUAGCCGGCUAGUGGUGGGGGCAGCCGUGUGGCGGGGAGCUGGCCGGGCCUUCCUGCUCAUCGAGGACCUGACCGGCUCCUGCUUGGAGCCUCUGCCCCAGGGCCUGCUGCUCCACGAGCUGCCCGACCGACGCAGCUGCCUGGCGGCCGGCCACCAGUGGCGAGGCUACACUGUCUCCUCCCACACCUUCCUGCUCACCUUCUGCUGCCUGCUCAUGGCUGAGGAAGCAGCAGUGUUCGCCAAGUACCUGGCCCAUGGGCUGCCCGCUGGUGCGCCCCUGCGCCUCGUCUUCCUGCUCAAUGUGCUGCUGCUGGGCCUCUGGAACUUCUUGCUGCUCUGUACCGUCAUCUAUUUCCACCAGUAUACUCACAAGGUGGUGGGUGCUGCAGUGGGCACCUUUGCCUGGUACCUCACCUAUGGCAGCUGGUAUCAUCAGCCCUGGUCUCCAGGGAGCCCUGGCCAUGGGCUCUUCCCUCGUCCCCACUCCAGCCGCAAGCCUAACUGAAAGAAAUAAAGGCACUUCAGGCCUCGC